CCGUAAGGGACAGAGCACGGGAGACGAUCGGGAUAUUAUAUAAUAUAUAUGUAUAUAUGAUCGCAGCUAGUAAAACGAUUUCGUUUUUUUUAUUUCGCUACUGUUUUAAAUUUUGAUUGUGUGUUUUUUUACACUCUUAUCGUUUUUAAUAAAUCUCGAUCAACGACACCACGUUGGAAGUGCUAUUGAAAUAGUUAUUCAGAGUACCUAAAAAAAUAUUGAAGAGAGUUUGAUGAGUGAAGCGAUCAGUGUACAUAGCCAUCAUAGCCCAGUGUCCACAUUGAACGCGACUGGUUAAAGUGUCAAAAUAAACCUGUGUUCCAGCUAUCCAAGGGUCUAAUAUCUAGUAGACAAUGAAAUAAUCUGAGUCCGACUUACGGAUAAAUACGGUUUAUCAUGGCCGACCCGGAGAGAACCAGAUUGGUGGUGCUUGGUGACGCUGGCGUUGGGAAGAGUGCAAUUUGUAAACGGUUUUUGUACAACUCGUUUUGCUCCAAGUAUAAGACGACUGUAGAAGACCUCUACACCAAAGAAUUCAGCCUCGGUACAGCCCAACAUUUCAAAGUGGACAUCUUGGACACGUGUGGCAACCCGCAGUUUCCGGCCAUGAGGCGAUUGAGCAUAGCCAAUGCAAACGCGUUCCUGUUCGUCUAUUCGAUCGAUUGCGAACGGUCAUUCGAAACGGUCAAACGAAACUUCGAAGAAGUCCGUGAACAGCGCGAGGACUACCAGGUUCUGCCGAUUGUGGUGGCCGGAAAUAAACUUGACCUUCCGGCCGACCAUAGACGCGUUACCGUGGAAGACGCUUCCGAAUGGCUGUACUGCGAGCUGCCAAAAAUGAGGGUAAAAUUGAUCGAGUGCUCGGCCAAGGACAAURUGAACGUGCGAGAUCUGUUCAAGUGCUUGCUGGUGCUGUCCCGGAAGUUAAACGGACCGGAAGACCAGGCAGCUUGCCCGCUGAAGCGCCGAUCUAGCGCGUACGUCAGCCACACCAAGUCGUCGAGGCGCGUCGCGGAGAACACGGUAGCUGCCACUACAUCCGGUCCGACGGGAAGCGCUUCCGGUCACGGACGCGACGAGCACCAGCUCCAACAGCAACAGCAGCAGCAGCAACAAGAAAGGGCAAAACCACGCAGCCGCAGCUUGAUCAGACGAUGCAGCCGGAAGGCCAAACAACAGAUCAGGGACACGACCACUGGUGGAAGUGGAGGUGGGGGUAAUGGUGGUGGAGUGGACGACUGCAACGUCAGCUAAAUGCUCGCAUGAUAAUGAUUUAAUAUCCGAUACACUAUAUAAAUACAUAACAAUAAUAAUAUAUUGUCUUCAGUGARUGAAACAAAAUUCACACUCAUACUUACAAUAAUUCAUUAUUUUUAUCAUUUUAUACGCAUUAUAAUAAUUAUCAUAGUAUUAUAUCGCGCGUAUUACUCAUCAGAGUUUUACUAAAAUAAUAAUUUAGAAAAUAAUGUUGUAUUGUCUGUCAAAUUUUUAAACCACCCUCCCCCCUCCUCACGAAACUUUCACAAGACGAUUUUUUCCCGCGCGUUUGUAAUAUCCAUGUCAUGUAACAACCAUCGGCUAGUUAUUUUCGCUUUUUUCCUCUGGUUCAUUACUUAGUAUAGAACUACAACUACUGUCUACUUAAUACGUUAACUACCACUUAUUUUUUUCAUUUAAAUUGCCUCGAGGCCAUGUGUACAUUUUUUUUUAUACACACGCUACUAAACUUGCUUCCAUGUAUUAUUUAUCAUUAUUAUGUACACUGAAAUUUUUGAACUCGCCAUAUCUAUGUCCAAAAUCCUGACACGUUACUGUUGAUUUUAGAUACUAAUAUGAAUCUCGUGGCCCCUAAGACCAUUUCUGUGUUUUCAGGAAACUCAUUGUAUGACUUGUUCCUAUAAUAAUCUACUUGUUAUUUUGACCAAUUAUUGUACGGCAAACAUACAAAAAAAUACUUGCAUAUGAACGGCGAUUUUACCGUGCACAAAAUAACGUACACAUGACAGUAAACGAGUUAAACAUUGAUUUAUUUUGUUCGUUUUGAGUGUGCUCAAAUACUAAUAUUCGUUGACGUGCCUUGGUCGGGUACCUACCCAUUUAUACCAUGAUAUGUAGAUACCGUAUUUUAUGAUAAUAAAAUAAUAAUAUUAAGAGCGGAAUUACAACUAAAUACCUAUUAAAAACAAU